UUAAUUUUUCCUUAAACAUUAAUGAUUGUUCAGUUUAAAAUUCUAAAAUAUGCAUUAAGUACUUAUCAAUACAAGGAGACGAACAUUUUGUUGCUGUAAUGCUAACCGCUUACUAAUAACUGUUCUAUACCCUUCUGAAUUAUAGCUAGGCUUAUCGAAAAUUUUUAGCAACUGACUAAGUUGUUUACACCGAGAUUGUCAGCACAUAGUGCCACCCAAACAAUUGGAUCAUUAUUUCCAGAGUUGUCUUCAACAAGAGGUUUAUAAUUAAAAUAAUACUUGUGCAAAUAUAAUUUAUUAUUUAGGCUAACAGUUGCUAAUAGUCACAUCCCUAGUAUCGAUGAAGAUAAGGCUUAGUGUGAAUUUGUUUGAUUGAGAAAGAAAAUCACCAUGUCAGACCGGAAGGCGGAAUUGGAGAAGAAGAAAGCGAAACUACAAGCGAUUAGAGAGGAAAAAGAGCGCAGGCGAAGAGAAAAAGAAGCAAAAGAUGCUGAGGAAGCUGCCCUUCGCUCUGCUCAUGUUGAGAAGGACCAAAGGAAGGAACUGGAUGAGAUGUUAUCUUCUCUAGGAGUAGCUCCAGUGUCUGAGCCUAAAUCAGUUGUCAUUGAAGAUCACAAUGUGCUGUCAAGUCUUCCGAGCGUCACGUCAACAGGAACUCCUGAACACAAUAGCAACAAUGCCACACCUGAUACCAGUCUGACCAACACUGUUCCCAUCUACACGGCCGGUCGCAAGAAACCCCAGCUGAGUGUGGUGAGCGUGCAGUCGACCAGUAUCCCACCCCGGGAGAUGGUGACCUACACGAAGCAGACGCAGACAACGGCAGCAACCAACGAGCGAGACGGAUCUGAUUCCUCCUCUCCACUUAAAGGCUACUUUGAGGACUGGUGGAGGCCACGGAAAGGUGCGUUUCGUCGUUCCAUCUCGCUUCUCUCAUUCACUCUCUCUCUAUCGCACUUCAUUACUCUGUCUUACUUCCUCUGCUUCGGUUCCUCACUGUACACGAUGUUGGUGGGGCCACAAUUGAGUGUUUUGUGUGGGAUAUUACAAAAAUUUAUGAAUACCAAAAAUAACGUCAUAAGUUUCAAAAGCAAAACUAUAUUGAAGUAACAUUCAUCUUACAAUUGUUGUCAUAAAAGUGUUUAUAAACUCAAAUACUACAAAGAUUAUCUUAAAAAAAAUCAAAACGUUUUGUAUGGAUUCUGGAGUUACUUACUAACUGUUUUGUGUUACUGAAUUGAAAUUGUUGGUGUAAUAGGGUUCCUGAAUGUUAAUGUACUAGAUCUUGGCAAAAUAUAAAGUUGAAAAAGAAUGAAUUAAAUAACAACUGUGUAACUGUAAUGUUAUAGAAUGACCUUUCUUUCAGUAGACACAUUUGUUUUGAUGAUGUUUCAACGUUCCAUGGUAUAAUUCUUAGUUUGUAACCACUGUGCCACAGUUUGAACCACUGGAAAAAAAUUAAAAUUUGGAUUGUUAUUAAAGUCUGAAGUAGCACUGAAAUCAAAUAACAGAGUGGCAUCGUUGUCACCUCAACUGCGCGCUUCACCUUAUUCUUCACUUACCUUACAACCAUAGAAGGUUUUAAUUUGUACACACUUUGGUUGUUAACACAAAAUCAAUCUCUGUUACUUCAGUGAGAAUAUAGAACAGUGUUCAUCAAACAAUUAGGCUUAAUAUGCUUCCUUGAGUUUCUCUUUUGCUUAACUUUGUUUAAGAAAAGUAAUUGAACAUUACAAUGUAGUUUAUAUUAUACAAAGGAGCAGAAAAGUUUUGGUUAAGAAAUAUUCUCAAUACUUUGAGAUUAUUAAAUUAUUAAAACUUCAAACUUGGUUUCACGGAUUUCUAAAUUAUUUACUGUAUGUAUUUCAGAGUUAGCUAUUUUUAAUGUUAGAAAGACACGAUACUUUUGGAAACACUGUUACGGAAAUGCAAGUAAAACAAAAAUGAAUGUUCCAGGAUUUAAUAUAAGUUUUUAAGUCUCAUAUGUGGUCACAAAGAGUUUUUAUGAUGAUUUUAGCUGUAUAGUUUAGUGAACAUCUCCUUAAAACUAUACCAAUAAGUAAUAAUAAUUACUCUGUUAACAAAUUUGAGCUGUAUCGAAACUUUAUUUGGGCUAGUAUGUACUUGUUUACCUUAAACAGUCCGCUUGGAAUCCAUAUAAAACUGUUUUGAACCAGAGCAAUAAAUUAUAUUUUACUACACAUUACUAUUGUAAUAAAAAUAUAAAGAAACAUAUUUUUCAACUAAAUAUUCUAAAGUUAAAAAACUUUAAGUUAAAGAAACAAGUUUAAAAGGGG